ACGGCCGGAAUACAAAGUUCCCUGACAUAAUACGGCAUUAAAUCACCUCUAUUUACUAACAGCGUUUUAUAAUCUCAUUCUGUGUCGAUUUGUGAUUUUCGAGCUUUGGGUGGUCCUUUUUUUCUAGGGACAUACUCAUCAUUAGGCGCACUUACAUAUUGUGUCAGAUCUGCAUGCUCGUGUUAAACAACAUACGGGUCAUAGUUUACAGUUAGCUCAUAAUCGAUCAAUUAUGCAAUGCGAAUUAUUUUACGCCCACUACAUGCAUCAGCACGGAAUUCGUUUUCGUAUUUCAUAUUAAACAACAGAACAAGAUAGCUACACCCACACGACAAAAAAAAACAACGUUAAAUAGAAAUAAGCAAAAGCCAAAAGGUCUGCACUCCACCCUCAGCAAGCGACGCCCACUGACUCGCGCUUAUUAUACAAGACAAACCAAACAAGAUCUCUUUUUUUUGUGUUUGUUUGUUUUCCCCACACGGUCCCUGCAGCACGAACUCCCGACUGAAAUUGCAUUUUUAUUUGGCUCGGUAGCUCUUUCUCAGUUUUGGUGACAAUGCAUCAAUACCGGCAAAAGUAUAUUGUGGGGGCGUCACUUCUGUUUGUGCUGUCCGUCUGUCAGUGUGCCUUAGCCAACACCGACACCUUGGCUCCAGCAGAGGUCUGGCAGAACAAUGGCACUUUGUAUGGAGCUUGUAAAAUGAGACCAAGCUCCUUGCUGGCUGAGGGUUUGCCCAAAGUCUACGGCCAAGUGCUCUUUAAGCAGGAUUAUCCUCAUGGAAAGCUCAAAGUCCUUCUCCGGUUCCAUGGAUUCCCCGUGGGGAGCGAGGCAGAGCCCAGGGCUGUGCACAUUCAUCAGUAUGGAGACCUGCAGCAGGGGUGCGACUCCACCGGGGGCCACUACAACCCUCGAGGUGUCAGUCACCCCAACCACCCCGGAGAUUUUGGACACUUUGCUCCCCAACAAGGGAAAAUUCAUGCAGUGUUGGAGUCUGAGGCCAUGCUUUUUGGCAGUCUGUCUGUGCUGGGAAGAGCAGUGGUGGUUCAUGAGAAGAAGGAUGACUUUGGCCUUGGUGGGGACGCUGGCAGUCUGCUUCAUGGAAAUGCAGGACGCAGGCUCGGCUGCUGCGUUAUUGGGGUUACCUCCCCCAAUCUCUGGAAUACGUACUCCAGGGUGAUCAAUAGGUGCCUGCGGCGGGUUUAACUCGGCAUUAUUGCAGAUUGGUAGUCAUGUAUUGUAUUCUUGAAGUUUCUGCUGCAUGCGCUUAGUCUGACAAAUGAAAAACAAGCUGACCAAGUCAAUCAUAAAAGCAUUUUGGAUACAAAUCUUUUUUUUUUCUCUCUUGCUUUGCUAGGAAUAUGUGUGAAAAGUGGUUUAUUUUGAAGAAAUAAAUACAUUUUCUACACAGAAACGUAUAACACAUUUUCCAGUUAGCUCUUUCACCACACGCAAGGACCAGCGCUGGUAAUUGCUCUGCCGAAAUGUCAUCGUACCUGUACAAUGACAAAAACAGCUUACGAUCUCAAAUGAAAUACAGUAUAGUGGACUACUUGUCACAAAAGGGUCAAACCCCCUUCCUCAGAACUGUGAGGCAAAUGGGCUAAUUGUUCAUCCAGUGCCACCCCUGGUGUACAUUAUACAUAAGCAUAUUCUUCAAAAAGAUGUAGUCACACUUUGUUUAGUGAUACUAAUACAUGUCUGUAAAUGACAAAAUCUACAAAAAUGCACUCAAAGUGGUUUCAAAUGACGAUAUUGUGAAUAAAUUGCACAGGUACUGUAGCUAUUUGAGCUUUGUUUUAAUGGUGCUUUUUGUCCACCGAGGAUACUUUUGCAAUAUUGAUUAAUUUGUCAAAUUAAUUGGAAAUUUCCAAAAAUCCAUCUUACACAAUGAGAAAAAAAUAACAUCAAAUUCGAUCUGCUCCAGAUUGCGUUAUGGCAAAAGUGUGAUAUAUAAUCUCAUUUCCCUUGUUAAAAUAUUAUGUAACUGUUUAGGCCACAGCGAAGCUUUCUUUGAGUACUAUUGUAGUUUUGUUUUAUUUUUACCAGGACACCAUAUUGUCAUACAGUUUCUGAAUGGUGGCUAUUAUUUGAAACAUUUUGGUGCUGGACCCCACAUAUAA